AUGGCCCAAGUCAACGGCGACCUCCCGAGCGUGAACUCGGUUGCCAUUCAGCAUCUGCUGGAUUACCCUGCGGUACACGACGGCGUCGUUACCUUCAGGAACAACCCCGUCGGCAAGAAGUCUCUGGCCAUCAGCGAAUCUGCUUACAAGACCUUCGCCGAGCCCCUGCUACCUUUCUUUGCUCGCCCCUGGAGCUACCUGCGCCCCUAUGCCGAGAAGGCAGACAACCUCGGCGACCAGGCCCUGUCGGCGGUUGACGAGCGCUUCCCCGUCGUCAAGAAGCCCACCGAGGAGCUCUAUGCCGGCGCCAAGGGCAUCAUCGCCCUUCCCUUCCGCACAAGCUUCGAGGCCAAGGACCACGUUCUGAAGACGUACAGCCAAGAGAAGAAGAAGAUUGGCAGCGACAAUGUUGUCGCCCUCGGCAAGGCCGUCGUGAGCACCACCCUCAUCACCGCCAGCGAACUCAUCGUCUGGGUCGGCGACGUCAUCCACUACAAGAAGGAGGAGACCAAGGAGGCCGUCAACGAGAAGAUCAACAACUAG